CAACUAAGCGAUUGCAACGAAUCGAAAAAAGGUAUCGGCUACAGCGGAUUCUUAUUCCUCACUCUUUCUUCUUUCGUCUUACGAAUCUUACCCGAGAAACCAAGCAAACACAGAAUUUUAUUCACGCCGAGGGAGAAAAAGAAAGAACUUAGAAUUUAUUAUUUUAUUGAUUUUUUUUUUUGGUUGAGGGGAAAUUGGGAGAGAAAGUGAAAUAAGAUGAAGAUCACGGCGUUAGUGGUGUUGAAGUGCAAUCCGGAAGGAUCCGAUCCGAUUAUACUAGCCAACGCAACCGAUGUGAGCCGUUUCGGUUACUUCCAAAGGCCAAGCGUCAGGGAGUUUAUCAUCUUCGUUUCUCGAACUGUAGCUAAACGUACCCCUCCCGGUCAGCGUCAGUCCGUCCAGCACGAAGAGUACAAGGUUCAUGCUUACAACAGAAAUGGACUGUGUGCCCUGGGAUUUAUGGAUGAUCAUUAUCCUGUUCGAAGUGCUUUUUCGCUUCUCAACCAGGUGUUAGAUGAAUAUCAGAAAAAUUUUGGGGAGUCAUGGAAAAAUGCGAAAGCGGAUAGCACUCAACCUUGGCCCUAUCUGAAUGAUGCUUUGACCAAAUUUCAGGACCCUGCAGAGGCGGAUAAAUUAUUGAAAAUUCAGAGGGAGUUGGAUGAAACUAAAAUCAUCCUUCACAAAACUAUUGAUAGUGUACUUGCACGAGGUGAGAAGCUAGACAGUUUGGUUGAGAAGAGUUCAGACCUGAGUGCUGCAUCUCAGAUGUUCUACAAGCAGGCUAAGAAAACCAAUCAAUGUUGCACCAUAUUGUAGACUUCCUUGAGAAAGCUAGAUAUGCAAUUCACUUGUGUUAGACUCUAAAGCAGAUGGCUGUAAUUUGUUUAUAUAUGGUUUAUCAAAGAUUAUUUGGUUGUGAGAAUUCCCGAUAUUUCCCUUUCUUUUGGGGGAAAACAAUUAGUGUUCCCACUGGCGGUGUAUGACAAAUAGUAGAUCAUAUUUCUUGUUUCUGUGGAUAUAAUAUAAUAAUUUGUGUUGUGGCUUG